AUGCAUCGGAAAACAAUGACUGAGAGUUUACGAGGAUACAAGGAAGUGAGGGUGGUUAGAAGAGACAAAAGAACCACAAUAAGCUGUGCAGUUGACAUGGAGAGUGGGGAGAGGGUUGUUCUUGAGUCUGUAGAUCUUUCUGGGUUUUCAGAGGACUAUCAGCCGUUAUUGAUGAAUUUUCUGCUAAACCACUCGCUCAACCACUCGCCUUAUGUAAUGAAGGUGCUAAAAGUGUUUGAGGAGGAGGGCCGGAUCUAUGUAGUGCAAAAGCACAUGUCUCUUGGGCCUGUUGAUAGAUUCAUCAGAGACCAAAUCUUGCUGAGCGACGAUUUUAUCUUCUAUGUGUUUAUGCAAAUAGUGUAUGCCAUGAAGAUAAAUGGGGACGAGGGAUGGUUCUGGGACAGGAUGUCGCCAAGAUACAUAUGGAUUGAUGAGGAUGGAAAGGUCCGAAUAUGCUGGGCAGAUGUUAUAUUAGGAAAUAUGAAGGGUGUGGGAGAGUAUGUGGGGAGAUGGAGUGGGUGUGGGAAUGAUGUGAGCCUGAAGAGUAAAGCUGAUGGAGAAUCGAUAUCUUUUGGGAAUCUGAGAAGAAUAUUUGUGGAACUUGCCCUAAAUCCAUCUCAAUCUUAUAGAAUGGCCUGCAGCUCUGAGGAUUUGCAGGAUCUUUCCCUUUUAGGACGCAAGGAGAGUCUUUCGCCGGUUCUGGACGGGUUUGCGUCGCUUCUUUUCGAGGAGAGGGGGAGGAUGAGUGAUCUAGAGGAUUACACACGAAGAAUGAUCCAGGAGAAGAGAAUAGCUAGCAAUCCUCGGGAGAUACUGGGGGCGCUAAAGGUUAUUAUAGAGGAAACGAAUAGGACUGAUGGGUUCAGUACCCUAGAGGAAAUGAAAAUGAAAGAGAACAGCGGAGAAGCUUCGAAGAUAGAGGAUAGUGAAAGCACUGGCGGGUCUGAAGAAGGAAGUAAGAGUGUGAGUGGAAGCAGGGUGGACGAUGAAAGGGUUGAGUCUUUUGGGACAAGGGAAUACAAGAGGGGAAGAUUCCAUGUGUGUGAGGCAGUGCCCUUAGGGGAAAGAGAGAAGGGGCUGCAGAUGAGCGAGCAUAUGAAGCGGAUGGUCCGAGUUGUGAAUGCACAGAGCCGGCAGAUUGGCCUUCUUACAAAGGCACUGAGGCAGUCUGGGCUCCUGGACAAAGAAAUGGACGAAGAGAUUGGAGAGUUAGAAGAGUUAGCGGGUUUUCUUCUAUUUGGGAUGGAAAGGCAGUAA